AUAAUAAAAGAGAGAGAGAGAGAGGAGGUGCCAGCAGAUUGCAGAAAAACGCCAUUAACGAUUUACACAGCUGUGCGAAUCCGAUUAAUCCAGAGAGGGAGAGGGAGAGGGAGAGGGAGAGGGAGAGGCGUAAAAUAUCUGGAUCUUCUUCUCCUUCUUCUUCCUCAAUCCUCAUUCAGAUUCUCUUCUCGGAGCUGCCUUUAUUUGGCCUAUUCUUCAUCCUCUGACGAGGUGUGUUUGUGUGUGUAAGUAAUUUGUGAAAAUAAAACAAAAGAAGAUUGGGGUCGUCGUCACUGCACAUGGAGCAGGUCCAACGUUAUACAGAAGCAGCGGCUGUGUCAUCUUCUUAACCCCUCCUUCCUUAGGUAUGACGAUGACUACGGAAGCCGAUCAGAUGCAAGGACCAAGCGGUGGCGGCGGCUCUGAAGAAAAGAUUUUUGUUUCUGUUCGUCUCCGACCUUUAAAUGACAAGGAAAUGUUAAGGAAUGAUUCCCCAGACUGGGAGUGCAUCAACAAUACAACCAUCAUGUACAAGAGCCAUCUUUCCAUCUCUGACCGUUCCAUGUAUCCUUCUUCUUACUCUUUUGACAGAGUGUUCGGCCCUGAGUGUUGUACCAGGCAAGUCUAUGACCAAGGGGCUAAGGAAGUUGCUUUCUCUGUUGUCACUGGCGUUAAUGCUAGCGUCUUUGCAUACGGGCAAACAAGCAGUGGAAAGACGUACACCAUGAGUGGAAUUACUCACUGCACCUUGGUUGAUAUAUAUGACUACAUUGACAAGCACAAGGAAAGAGAAUUCAUUCUUAAGUUCUCUGCCAUGGAGAUCUAUAAUGAGUCUGUACGAGAUCUCUUAAGUACUGAUAGUAGUCCGCUCAGACUUCUAGAUGAUCCUGAGAAAGGGACAGUUGUUGAGAAACUCACAGAGGAAACUCUGCGAGAUUGGAAUCAUUUCAAGGAGCUCCUAUCUGUUUGUGAAGCUCAACGGCAAAUUGGAGAGACAGCUCUAAAUGAAGUUAGCUCCCGGUCUCAUCAGAUUUUGAGAUUGACAGUUGAAAGCACGGCUCGUGAAUUUUUCACUAACGAUAAAUUUAGUACACUAACAGCAACAGUGAACUUUAUUGAUCUUGCUGGAAGUGAACGUGCAUCUCAAUCAUUAUCAGCCGGCACAAGGCUGAAAGAAGGUUGUCAUAUAAACCGAAGUUUGUUAACGCUGGGAACUGUGAUCCGUAAGCUAAGUAAGGGAAAAACUGGGCACAUUCCAUUCAGAGAUUCAAAACUAACACGCAUACUUCAGUCUUCCUUGGGAGGAAAUGCCAGAACUGCCAUAAUUUGUACCAUGAGUCCUGCAAGAAUCCAUGUUGAGCAAUCUAGAAACACACUGCUAUUUGCGAGCUGUGCAAAGGAGGUGACAACAAAUGCACAAGUCAAUGUUGUCAUGUCUGAUAAAGCUUUAGUAAAACACUUGCAGAGGGAGUUGGCUAAACUGGAAAGUGAGUUGAGAAGCCCUGGUCAGCCUUCGGUUGCCUCUGACACAACUGCGUUACUGACGGAGAAGGACCUCGAGGUUGAAAAGCUUAAGAAAGACGUAUUCCAACUAGCACAAGAGCUAGAACAAGCUCGUUGCGAGAUUGAGGAUCUUCGACGAAUAGUUGGAGAAGGUAAAGAACGACCAAAAGUGACACUGUCAACAGAAUCAGCAGAGGUGCUGGUGGAACAUCAAUACCCGAAGCUGCGGGUGCGCAGUACGUGGGACUCUGAGAAUACAACACCAUUAAGCCCUAUAUCAGCUCACCGUUCCAGUUUGUCUCCACGAUCAUCUGAAUACAGUUAUGACGAGAACGUCUUCCGGCUUUCAGAUUUAAGGAUAGAUUCUGGGUCAAGUAGUCCAUUUCAGCAGCAUGCCUUUGUAACUCCUUUCCCUGAGGUUCCACACGAGGCAGAAGAAACUAAAGACCAAUCCGAAGUUGACACAGAAGAAACGGAAGCUCAACCUCGAAAUGCCUCGACAACAUUAGUUAUUUUUCCUUCUCCAGGCGAAGGUUAUGGUCAGGAGGAACGGGUUAAUGAAAUGGAUAGAGAGACUGAUGGAAAUUCUGAGGAUAACUGCAGGGAAGUUCGAUGCAUUGAAACAGAGAUGUCAGAUGUCACUAGACAUCCAGAGGAAAAUAUUCUGCAGAGCAGUCCAGACAGAUUUGACAUUGUAAAUGCAGAAGAACCAGUAUGUGUGACAGAGCCAAAGAACAUACACUUAUCCAUUGAAGAAGAAGAAGAAGAAGAAGAAGAAGAAGAAGAAGAGCCAGUAUGUGUAACAGAGCCAAAGAACAUACAACCACCAAUUGAAGCUAAAAAGGAAGAGGAAGAAGAAAGAGUAAAGGAAGUCAGUACUCAACCAAAACAAGAAAGCAAACUCCCUCCACGCUGUGAUUUCAAAUCAUCUCCUGAUGAGUUUAGCACAAACAUGUCCAACCUUAGUAGCAACCCGAUGCCUCCAGUACUUAUCACUCCCUCUCCUGAAAAGCCUUUCUCUUGGCUUACGGAGAGAGACUCACGACCGUUCAGAGGCAUGAAACUGACUAGAAGUCGAAGCUGUAGAGCAAGCUCUUCCCCGACUUGGUUUGAGAAAGAUGCUGACACACCGCCAAGUUGGUACGACAAAGAAUUUGGCAAAGCAGCUGAGAGGAACCUGGCAAUGUGCGACAUCAAGAAUGAGAGGUUGCUGCAGGAUGAGUUUAGCGGGAGGAGCAUGCCAACAGCAUGGAUCGAGAGAAGCUUGAGUGACACACAAACUGCGCAUGAUGCUUCAUAUGGUGUCAGUAACGAAAUGUCAUCACCAAAUGAAUCACUGUCCCGCCCCUCUGAUGUUUCUGUGUUUGAGCUUCAGACAAGUGGUAGAGCUUCUACAAGCCAGGAGAAAACGGAGGAAACUGCUGCUCAGAAAGACAAGCGGAUCAUUCAUCGCUCGAUGGAGGAAAUAGAACAGAAGUUCUUGGCCUUGACUUCGACAAAGUGUUUCAAAGACGCUGCAUUGGACCCAAUACAAGAUUACUUAGACACGCCUUUGAAUUGGCCGGAAGAGUUCAAGAGACUACAGCGGGAGAUAAUAGAGUUAUGGCACACGUGUAACGUCUCCAUGGCCCACAGAAGCUACUUCUUCCUAUUGUUCAGAGGGGAUCAGAAAGAUUGCUUGUACUUGGAGGUUGAACUCCGUAGACUCAAGUACAUCGCCCUAAAUAGCAACGCCACUGACGAUCUGAGCUUAAUGUCCAGCACGAGGGCGUUGACUAGAGAGAGGUUUAAGCUGAGCAAGCUGAUGCAGAGGAAACUAUCCCAGGAAGAGAGAGAGAACCUGUUCUUGAGAUGGGGCAUUGGGCUGAACACAAGGCACAGACGGGUCCAGCUGGCGCACAGACUCUGGUCUGAUUACAAAGACAUGGGUCAUGUCCGAGAGAGUGCCACCCUCGUUGGUAAGCUCCAUGGAUUCGCGGACAUGAACUUGACUUCCUCUGAGAUGUUUGGCAUCAACUUUGCUUUCAGACCACCUCGUCCCAAGAAAUCUAGUCUUUGGAAACGCAGCGUUUUGUCCCUCUCCUUCUUGUAACUUGUGAGUAGUAGUAAGUAAACCACAUGAUUAAAACGAAUGUUGGCAAAUGAAAUCACAAUCUUCUUUUAUUUGAUCAUGUUGAUAUAACUCGUCUCUACCGUUAGUGAAUUUGAAGGUAAUCACACGGUGGUUUUACACCAUAGUCUAGGGUGGUGGCAAGUUCCGUACCCAUUCAGUUUUCGAAUUUAAAGAUUUCAAU